CAUCCCCACCCAGCUCGGCCACCUCAACCAAGUCCCCCCACCCAUCCCCAUGGAGUGACCCUGUGUGAGGGUCUCUGCACCGGCGCGGCCCCCCCGGCAGCCAGCCCGGCAGGGAGGGAAGCUGGACGCCACCGCGAAUAUGAGCGACUUCUGGCACAAGCUGGGCUGCUGCGUCGUAGAGAAGCCACAGCCCAAGAAGAGGAGGAGACGGAUUGACCGCUCCAUGAUUGGGGAGCCCAUGAACUUCGUCCACCUGACACACAUCGGCUCUGGCGACAUGGCCGCGGGCGAAGGCCUGCCCAUGACCGGUGCUGUCCAGGAGAUGAGGUCCAAGGGCGGUCGGGAGCGACAGUGGAGCAGCUCCCGGGUCUUGUAGCGUAUUCCCGGCUUUUUCAGCCCAAACUUGAACUGCCUGAUCCCCCAACUGGAGGAGAAGCCAACCUCGAGCGCUUUAACCCCGCGGUAAUUUAUGCAGAGUGAUCCUCGCCCGGCUCCCGGUGGCUUUUGGUCAUCGUCCCCCUGGCAAAUCCCUCCUUCCCAGAGGCAUCGGGUCGGUGACGCGGAGAGGGAGCAGGGACGGCAGCCCCCACCUCGUGCCCGACCGGGAUUUCAGCCAAAAGGACACAGCCACCUUCCCGAAGCGCGCCAGGAGCUGCCGGGCACAGCCAAGAUGUGCCAAAUCCUCCCAGUUUUACCUUUUUCCAUGCCGACAUCUCCCAUGGGCCCCUCUUGGUGCUGGGCUGCAGUGCCUCGGUUUCCCCGGGGGAUCGUGGUGAGGCCAGUCCUGGUGCGGAGGCUGAUUUGGUGCCCUCCCGGAAAGGCGUAGAAGAGCAAAACCGGGAUUAAACCCCGACGCUUCAGUGUCCCACCGGCAGUGGCUCAGCGCCGUCACCAUCAACACGCCCGCAGUGCCUCCCCCCCCCCCCCCCCCCCCCGCCGGCAAACUGCCACCUUCCUUCUUUUUUAGGAUAUAUAUUUUUUUUUAAGCUCAAAAAAACAACUAGGCAGCCUCCGCCACCUCGGAGGCAGGACCGUGGUGGGGUCACCUCCGCCCGGGAUUGCCACCAGGGUUUCACCAGCACCGGCCGAGGCAGGACGGGGCCUGACCUGAGGAGGGACUCGGGCUCCCGAAUUUGGGCGCGGGUGUAUAUAGUUUAAGUAGCGCCGGGAUUAAAUAUUAAAUAGCACGUGCUGGGCAUCACGGCUGGGCAGCAGAGGCUUUCCCCUUCGCCAUGCUCCACGCCAUGCCAGGACGCUCCUGUGCGGAGCUGGGCUUUUCUAGCCCCGUGGCGCGCUCGACGUUGGUAAGCAAGUGCCGAUGCUUGAUUCGGUUUUCCCUCUCCUGGGAAAAACAACCCACCCUUGAAAUAAAACCCUUGUGCUGGCCCGA